AUGCUUGUGAAAAGUGACCUGCUGGAUACCGCAUUGGGACAUUUGGCCGAGUGUGUUGCCGCAGAGCUGAAUGACGUUCUACAGCAAUUCUCCCAUGAGCCACUCUUUCCACCAGAUGGAUACCAUAUUUUGAAGAGAAUGAAUUCAGCACUCAAGACAGUGGUUGAUAUCUGUAUGCUACCAAUAUGGGAUCAAUGCGGAACACAUGACCCGUCACCGACAAUCACCGAGCAACUCGUCCACAUGGUCACCGACUGCGCAGAAGAAUGGAUGCGGCAGGAGUUUCGGCCACAAACCGAAAACGUAAAAGAGGGAUGGAUGACGAUCCAGACGAUGUGGGAAAUGAUGCAACGAAACUACCAAAGCUACAAACUUUUCUUCCACCAAUUCAACAUCAACUACGUUGAAGUGGUACUAAAAACUAUUGAUGAGAAGCUGGAGUCCUUCAGCUGUGUGUACUUGUCAGAACGACUCGCUCAGUUGGAUUCACGCCAAACUGAUCAGCUGGAGACGUUUACAAAGUGCACCAUGCGCCUAUAUGACACGCUCAACUCUCUUUCCAAUUUCGGACAGAAGAAUGGGUAG